UGGGCCGAAUUUUGCACGGCUUUGUGCAACGUGGGCUUCACGAUGGAGCCAAUCGGCGGUUCAGCUUUUCGCUUCGUAUCCUUUGACCCUGCGAAAAAACGGAAAGCUUCAAUUGUUUUUCAUAAACCACAUAAGAAGUCCGACUCACUUCGGUUUCAACAAAACCUGAGAACAUAACUUAGUUAUCACGACUCUUGCUUCUUUCUUUCCAAUCAUUUUUGCCUCAAUUGUUGGGCGCUUGAUGUCCGAAGCAGCUCGCCUCAGGCUCGAACGUGGGGCUACUAUAGGCUCACUGGAGCAAUUGAUGGGCAGCCGAACAGUGGGAGGAACCGUUCUCACCGUCUUCAGUCUUGCUUCCUUCAACAUACUAGCCGCCUCCUUGCUUAUCACAUGGGCAUUGUCCCCGCUUGGGACACAAUCCCUCCUGAGAAUGAUGACCUCGCGACUCGAGCCUCGGCUUACAGCCACAAACAUCACCUAUUUUGACAAUAGCGCUACCAGUGGGCUUAUUGGCAAGAACUGGGUGGGGGGGUCUAAUAGUUAUCCCCGAGACGCUUGGUUUCGCUCCUUAACAUCUUUGUACAUUGCCCUGGUUACCUCAUCGGGAGGGAUUAAGUCUGAAUCAGUUGAUCUUUGGGGAAAUGCCAAAGUACCUUUCUUGAGGCACAAUGUACCUACUUGGACGAAGGUCUCUUACGACUCAGGCAACACAACGUUUAAAAUUGAGUUAAGCUAUAUUAGGCUGGUAUGCGGAGAUGUAGUCAAAAAACCCGACCUGGUCAACUCAACAUUGCUCUCCAGCGUCGCUCUUGAAACUUCGCAACCAACCUUCUCAUUGACGAACGAUACUUGGCACGGAUACCCGCUUGGAACAACUAAACUGAACGAAAUGACGACAUGGAGUUUGGCACUCGAUAGAUUUGUAGAUGUAAUAUGGACCCGGGUCGGUGGCACCGUCAUGGAAUUUGCGCAUCGCCCAGAGCAGCGACCGAUGUUGUUGAAGAACGAGACGGGGAUCGAAGUCGGCCCCACGACCCUCAGAUUCGAAGCCAUUUUUACUGAGGACAUUUCGGGCCCACUUGCACCGCUGCGGGCGUAUUGUAGAGUCACCGAAGAAUACGUCGAGUCUUUAGUCAACUGUUUAACACCAGCAGCCGGCACCUCAGCUGCCGCGAAAACCUGCCGCGUCAUGGCACAGAGACCCUCACAACAGCAACAUGCUUCGGAGCAAAUCUCUCAUUUAUCGUUUCCAGGUGUCUUCAACUUGAUAUCCCAGAAACUGCCGCUCACAAUCGGGGGGCCUGCUGAUAUGUCGCUUUACCACAUACACGAUCCAGACCUCAGAGGCGUAGAAUUCGACGAUACGGCGAAUUUGACUGAUAUCAACGCAGAAGCUCUUGGGAUACGUCUGAGCCAACUAAUCAACACGUAUUUGACGCUAACACAGGUAUCGUCUAAGAUUUCCCGCGGAAGUCGUGGUGGUGCCGUCACAACAUCAAACCUUACUGUUCCAGCAGGGGCGAGCACUCUUGUGCUUAGAUUCGAUAUUUCGAGCUCAUGGGCUGCGCUAGGCCUGGUUUCCAGCCUUGUUCUUCUAUGUGCUGGUAUUUUAGGUGUGGUAUGCAAGCAUAUGGCCAAGGGACCGGAUGUUCUGGGCUAUUUGUCGACCGUUUUCCGAGAUUCGAAGUUUAUGGACCUCCCUGCAAGCUCUGGACAGAUCAAUAGCUUGGAGAUAUCAACACAGAUGAAGGACCGAAAGAUUCAGUACGGUGUCACGAAGUUGAUCAAACAUGGGCAGCCGCUGAUUGGGGUUGGGUUCCAGGAAGACAUUGAGCCUGUGAAAUACGCAACCAAGUAGAUAGUAAACCGAGACGA